AGCAGAUUACGUAGACCUUAGCUUCUGCCUGACAACAAAAAGUGUUAUAUAGCUUCAUACACCACUUCCAUUGUCUAACUUUUGCGUUGAAAUCUUUUGAGAAAAGCAAAAAAAAGCUAGAAACAAUGGCGUCCAACCCUCCCGGCAAGUGCUGCACCGUCGGCGUGAAACACACAGGCGAGACAACCGGAACUGAAAUUACCAUCGCCAAUGGCUCCCUCGAUGUCUACAUCGCGAAGCCCACGAACCCCAAGCCAGGAAAGGCUAUCCUUUUCGUCCCAGAUGUGAUGGGCAUCUCCAAGAACGCCAACCUCAUGGCCGACCAACUCGCCGCCAACGGAUACUACACUCUGAUCCCCGACCUGUUCAACAAGGAUUCGCUCUCCAACCCAUGGCGCCCGGAGAACUUCAACCUCAUGAACUGGAUCCAGCACGGUAUGAAGGGUGAUAACCCGCACACUGUCCCCGAGGUCGACGCAAUCAUGGUCAAGGCGCUGGACUACCUCAAUGAGCAAGGCUACAAGGAGGUCGCAGCUGUUGGGUACUGUUUCGGCGCAAAGUAUGUAGUGCGUUUCAUGUCUGAGGAGAAGGGGAAGCGCAUUAAGGUGGGAUACUUGGCGCACCCAUCGUUCGUGGACGAGGCAGAGCUAGAGGCUAUUAAGGGACCUCUAUCGAUCUCAGCAGCAGAGACGGAUUCGAUUUUCCCAGUGGAAAAGAGGCAUAAGUCGGAGGAAAUCUUGAUCGCGACGAAGCUUCCGUACCAGAUCAACCUGUUCUCGGGAGUUAGCCACGGCUUCUCCGUGCGCGGUGACCCAAGCAUUCCACAGGAGAAGUGGGCGAAGGAGCAGGCGUUUGAGCAGGCUGUUCAGUGGUUCAACUUCCAUAUGUAAGUGUUGGGAUCCAAGUUUGGAAGAGACUUGUUGAGUUGGAAUAGGGGCGCUUUACCCGAUCACAAGGAUUACAAUGGAUCAAAGGGGGUUAACAGCAAGUUCUAAUACGAUUGCUGGGGAUGCCUCAAUUAUAUAUAAAUCCUAUUAU